GUGAUCUGAUUUUUUCGUCUCCGCGCUGAAAGAAAAGUUCAGCUCCUGCAGAAGCAGCUCACUCUCUCCUUUCCUUUAACAUUUCAACAGUGACCGUGCAGCUCAUGUAGUGAACAUGUAGAGAUGGAUUUUAUGAAGCUGUUUGCCACCGUCGUCUUCGUUUUGUUCCAGCCUGGAUCCGCUUCUAAAAUAAAUGGCCAAAUGAUCUGCCGGCGUGGGACAGAGCGACCGUGCUACAAGGUGUCCAACAUUCAGGACAGCAGACGUAGAGUGACCUUCGAAGAUGCCAGGCAGACCUGCAGGUCCGACGGGGGCGAGUUGCUCAGCAUUGAAACAGAGAGUGAGCAGCGACUGGUAGAGAGGUUCAUACAACAGCUGCAGGCCGGAGAUGGAGACUUCUGGAUCGUUCUCCGCCAAAGGCCACAGCGCUACAGGGCAGGGGCCACAAUUCCAAGUUGUCCCUCGCAGUACUAUUGGCUGGAAGGAAGCAAGGCCAAGUUCAGGAACUGGCACUGGGAUGAGCCAUCGUGUCGUGGUGAAAUGUGCGUGGUUCUGUACGAUCAGUCAUCUGCUCCGCCUGACGGAGAUGGUCGUUUCCUGUUCCACUGGAGUGACGUCAACUGCUACUCUAAGAACAACGUUGUCUGCAAAUACCCAGAAGAAAAAGUACCAGUAUUUACUGAUGAAAGGAACAUGACACAUGCAGUUCCAUCCCUGAGGCCAAAACUAUUCUCUACUACAGAAAGUGACGACAGGACAAAAAUAGUUCUGCCUGAGUCAUCAGUGUCUCUCUCAGACAACACCCUGUAUGUUUCCUACAUCCUUUAUGCAACUGUUCCUGCUGUCCUGCUGCUGCUGUUUGCAGCUGCUGGCUUCUUCUGUUACAGAAAGCACGCAAAGAGGAGGAAGACAGAAACAGAGAGCUACCCCAACAGAUCACAACCAUGGAAGUCAACCACAGCUUCACUUUGUCCCGUACAAGGACCUUACGCCUUCAGUGACAUUACCAAACUGCCUCACACCAACCUAGACGCCAGUGCGACUACAGACAUCAUGACAAAGUACUCCUGCGGUCCCUCCCCAGACUCCCAGUGUGACGAUUAUGAGAAUGUGUCAUGCACGUACAAGGCGAGCGGCUUUGUGACCAACGACAUAUAUGAGACCUGCAAAGCUCAGAGUCGGCGCGGCAACGGUCAGGCUGGUUGGGUGGAAAAUGAGAUCUACGGAUAAUGCUGUCGAUGUCUAUCUGGUCUCUCCCAAGUGUCUGUCAACCCUGCUGCAGCUAGAGAAAAUGACCCAGUCAGAGAGAAAAACACAAUGUUCUCCAUACCUGUUUCCUCCCGUGCACCAUACUGGUUCCUUGUGUGGCGUAGGGUUACCAAACAGGUGGCUGUGUCAGCCUAGUUAUUUGAGGAUAGAUCUGCUUCCUGUGUGUAUCUGCAGCGCUCCCUCGUUGGCAUCAAGCAUUCUAGUCCCAUUACUCAUUAAUGCAGGGUUUCCCAAAGUUUGGUUAACUGUGACUCUGCAGUAUAUUUAGACCCAGAACUUCCCAGAACCAGAGAGUUCUUACGCUUACGAUUGUCAAACAUAUUGUGAAUUUGACCAUGUGAAAAUAAUAAGAUAGAUUUAAAAUCCCUUUAAUCCCUUUAAUUAUUUAAGAAGACAAGCCUCCGGCUAUGAUAUCAGCUUUGUGACGGUGAAUCUGUGCACAGCUGUGUUUUGAUAGAACAACCCGCUGAUAUUUAACUUGUUUAAUGUUUACCAAGUUCACCAUCUUAGCUUGGGGUGUUGUCAUGCUAACAUUUGAUAAUUAACAUUAAAACCUUAAUAUAGUUGAGGCCAAUGGGAAUGUUAUUAGUCUUCCAGGUAUAUUUAGUUAUAAACCAAAGCAGAGGGAAAGUAUAUAUAUACUGUACUGGGGGAUGCGUAACACAUUUCAUAGCAGUCCAUCCAAUCAUUGCUGAGACACACAUGGUGUUGUGUGGAUACAGAGACCCGAUGGGUCUUGUUUGGUUCAGACAAAUUUUUCUAAAUUACAUUUGGGCUCAGGGGGUAGAUUUCUUUCUUUUUUUUACACUGUACAUAUCUGUAAUAGGGGGAAACAAGCAAUAACCAUGUGUUUCAGGGCAGCUUACAUCAACUGCUUCAGAGUCAGGUUAGGAUUGGACACAUAAAAAAAGGAUCCCUGUACAGUUCAGGUCGGGUUCUGUUAGUUUUCUUAUUAGCUUGGAUGGUGUUUGGACAAAAAGAUGAGACUUGAACUGUUCUUCAUUGUGAUGUAGCUAUGUCACUAAGAUCCAUCGUCUAGACUCUGUGAAUGUCUAACAUUGUAAACCAACCCGUGUAUAAUCGUUGAGCUAUUUUAGAGGAAAAGUGGAAAAAAAAUUUAGCUGUUGGAAGCAAUAUAGAGGAAAAUGAGACUGAAGUCAUAGCAUUCAUCAUCUUGGAACCAUGGAAAUCCAUCUAGAUGUGGGUAAACAAUUUAAUUUUAGAGCAGCCAGGUGGACAGAUUCAAAUAGAUAAUUUAUUCAAACUUCAUAUAAUAUAUAGAAUUAUUAAAUAUCCCUCAAACAGGAAAACUGAUGCUAAUAUUUGUUUAUUCCAUUUGAAUUGAACCAAGAUCUUUCCUUUGUCCAGUUUUAACCAUCAUCUCUGACAAAAAGAGGCAAGGAGGGAUUAUUGAACUCAAAUAAUCAUGCAUGAGUCAGAUCGGUUUAGCGGUGCAGCAAGUGCUGCUAUAUACGGCGUGGUGGAUUACACAUGUAACCCUGGGAAUAACUGCAUGUUUUGAGCCCUCACGCAGGGUUACUCAUCAUGUAAACAAUCCUAAAUUAAACUACUCCACCAUAUUUCCAAUAACUUCACUAGAUGUUAUUGUAAGAGGCACUAGGACAGAAAGAUUGUGUCAGCUCUCCACUGAUGCACUCGUCCUAUUAAGGGACUAUUCUGACCUUUUCUUUAAACCUGAAGAGCAGUGUUUGUGUGUGAGCCCCGAUUUAAGGCUUCCUGUUUGGACUGUGAUGUCAGGCAACAGGACAGUGCAUGUGGAAACACUGAUGACAGAACUCUGCUGACCCCAGUAAACCUCAAACCUGCCCCCCCCCCACCACCACCACCACCCCACUUGACUGUGCGAGAAAAGCUGAACCACUGAUUUGACAUAGACACUAUUGACUGAGUGACCACUUUAGAUCACGUCAUGGAUUUCUUCAUCAUUGUUUGCCUCUGAAAGAACGUACCUGUUAUGAACAUAAAGAUAUCCUGGUUGUGUCUCAGUGUGCGCUGACUGUGCACUGAGUGGGCUGUUGGGUCGGUGUCUUGGAAAGAUAUAGUAAGCCCAGUAAGGAGAGGCUGAGUGUGUUCUUGGAGAAUGUUAGACAGGAAAUGCCAAAAGCACAUCUGGAACUCCUACAUGCAGGAAGUCUAUGCGUGACAGCAGAGGCCUUUGGGGCACUGCUCGGCUUUGCCUGCUUAGCAAUCCACGGUUCUGUGUUAGACCUGUCACCACAGGGGCUCCAGAGAACGACCACAUCUCGGAACAUGACAUGAUUGUUGGGUGUGAAAUAAAGUUGGGUUGCACAAUAUUGUGGUUGCAUUCCUUGUUGAAUAGCAGUACGGGAAUACUCAAGUGUCAUGUGUGUUUAGUGGAGUGACGUCAGAUGUGUGUGAAUGCUGUCUAAGUAUUACCAGUACUGCGCUGAGAAAAUGUAAAAAGGAAAUGGUAAACAUCAGAAACCAAUGCUUGAGGUUUGGCAGAGACAACUUUUUGGGGCUAGGGGGUCAGGUCAGGGUCACAUCUUAUCACACAUGUUGAUUAUAGGUUCAUGUCAGGGAACAAAGAUAAACAGGGAAACAGACCCUCCAAGAAACAGAGCCUUUGGAAUCCAACACUAGUUUAAAAAGAAAUGUGGGGCCUUCCGUCAAUUUUCAAUUUCUGCCAACAGGUGGUGCUGGUGUGCAGCUGGACAAGUCUUUGUUGCUGAUAAAACGUCUGUUCUCACAUGAGGGCCUGCAGGUUACAU